ACAUGCAAGCGAGGUUUUUUGCCAUGGCCUAUCGAUGACAUAGCCAUGACAAGUCAUCAUUUUCAAAAUGAUUUAACAAAGUAUAUAACUGAUUGACAGUAACCAAGAUGCAUUCAAUGGCUUGGUAAGAUUGUGCAAAUCGAACAUUUCUAUCAACAAUGGUGCCUUUAAUCGCGCAAAGAGAGGUAGGCCUGGCAGAUAGCUUGCUAAUGAGGCGGUGGGCUAGGACUCGUCGUGUCAUGUCAAUGCAGCUUAGCAAUGAUAAAAAUAUGGAACAGAUAUUCUCAAGCGGGGUAAAUUCGUUGGAUCUUGAGAAGCAAGAGCAAAGAUAUCUUCUUUCAGCAAGCUCAGAUGCCAAGAUUGCAAUAUAUGACACAUCAGUUUUGGAAAAGGAAGAAGAAAAGUAUGUGUGCAAAUCAAUUGGGUCUAUUAACAGAUCAUCUGACGACUCUCAUCAGUUUAGCGUGGAGACUGUGCAGUGGUACCCGCGUGAUAAUGGGAUGUUUGUGACAAGCUCUUUUGACAAAUCAAUCAAGAUUUGGGACUCAAAUAUUUUACAGAUGGCAGAUGAAAUCAAUUUGCAGAAUCAUAUAUUUUGUCAUCAUAUGUCAGUUGCAGCCAAAAAGCAUUGUCUUUUGGCAGUUGCAUGUGAUGUGUCCAAAGUGAUUUUAUGUGACCUAAAAUCAGGAUCAUCUACACAUUCGUUACGAGGCCAUAAGAAAGCUAUUUUGGCUGUGUCAUGGUCGCCAAGAAACGAAAAUAUACUUGCUUCUGGGAGUCAGGACAACCGGGUGAUGAUCUGGGACAUAAGAAAGGCCGCAGCCUGUUUGAUGAGCUUGGACCAACACAAUGGAAAGGCAGCCAGUAGCACAAGUUCAAAUGUCACAGCCCACAAUGGGUACAUUAAUGGGCUCUCAUUUACAUCUGACGGUCUUCAUCUUUUGUCUUACGGCACUGACGAUAGACUGCGCUUAUGGGAUGUGUGGACCUCGCAAAAUACCCUGGUAAAUUAUGGAAGUGUUUACAACUUGUCUAAAAAGCACGUGCAACUGGCUGUGACCAGGGAACUCAACCAGGAUAUCGUCUUCGUACCAACAGAAAACAACAUCGCAAUGUUCGACAUAUUUUCUGGCAAGAAACUCGGCUUUCUUACCGGACAUUAUGGGAAUGUCAAUUGUUGUCUAUAUGAGAACUGCUUCCAGGAGCUCUACAGUGGCAGCAUGGACACGCGUAUUUUGUCUUGGUCUACGGCAGGGUACAGGGCAAGUCACUUACUUGAUUUUAAAAAAACAGGUGAAAAACAAAGUGAUACUGAGCAAGCCUACCAAGAUGCUUGGAGUAGUGAUGACGCAGACGAAGAUGGCACCCAGUAAGCCUCGUCCUUGCCACUCUAACGCUGCUAUGAGGCGGCAUUGCCAAUGUGUAAAACCAGGUCUUCAGCCAUACAAAUACUGAGCUAAAAGUUUAUGGAAGUACACAAUAAAAGCAUUACAGACUCUCUUACGUAAAAAAUGUUUUAAUAUAACAUACUAGCUGAGUCAAUCUAACUUUGCCUACACACUAACCAUGAAUAAGCACGAUCGUGUUCUCCCUGGUACAUACUUCCGAAUAGAAAUAUGUCAGCUGGAUGUGUUUUCCACGCUGAAUGGGGUUUUAAUGUUCCCGUUGAGGUUUUUAAAAGCAACUGUUUAGAGGAACGUAGACUUGCUUGGCAACUUUUGUGAUCAAAUAGAAGUUUGAUUGAUGAUGUUGAAAAGUUUUAGAAGAUCAAAACAGUUUUUAUUGUUUUGUAAAUUUCUGGAUAUUUUUGGGCUACUGUAACAAACUUUUUACCGACUUUUAAUUUUUUUGGAUCACGCAUAUUUGCAUACAAUAAAUCACUAUGAGAA